AUGUCCGUCAGUGAGGAAGAAAUACUUGUGAGCGGGGAUAGGCCAGAUGAUCCGACGGAUGAAGAAUCACUCGACGAGAAGAAACCCGCUCCAACCUGUCGUAUCUGUGAUCAAAUUUUCAUUUUCAUUUUCAUUCUCUCUCUCUCUCUCUCUCUCUCUCUCUCUCUCUCUCUCUCUCUCUCUCUCUCUCUCUCUCAACUUCUUUUCUUCCUUUUUUUCGUACAUGUGUAUCUCUUCUUGUUUUCCAGCUUUUUCGCCUUCUUUGUAAUCUAUCUUUUUCAUCCAAAUUGUCUUUUCUCUUCUUGUCAUUCCUCUUUGCUGUCAUCCUCCUUUCUGACCUUGUUCUUUUCUCGUUUUUUUGUUUUGUUGGUAUCUUCUUUUCUUCAUUUCCAUUGCAAUUUUCACACUGUUUGCUUUUGUGUCAAUUACUUAAUAUUUUAUUGCCCUUCUUUCUUUCUCGUCAUUUUAUCCUUUCUUUCUCAUCUUUUCUGUUCCUCUUCUUCUCGUCUUUUCUCUUUUUCUUUGUCCUUACUUUCUCGUCUUUUCUUUGUCCUUUUUGUUGAGUUUUUUUUUGUCCUCUCUUUUUCAUCUUUUUUUCCUUUCUUGUUCAUCUUUUUUCUCCUUAUUUUAAGGUCUUUUUGUUCUCUCUUUCUCGUCUUUUUAUCCUUUCUUUUUGUUCUCUCUUUCCCAACUUUUUUUUACUUUCUUUCUCAUCUUUUUUGUCCUUUCUUUCUCGUCUUUUUUUUUUCUCUUUACUUUCUCAUAUUUUUUCUUUCUUUUUCAUCAUUUUUUUCCUUUAUUUUAUCGUCUUUUUGUCUUGUUGUUCUCGUCUUUUUUGUCCUUACUUCCUCGUCUCGUUAUCCUUUCUUUUUUAUCCUUUCUUUCUUAUUUUUUUCUUCUUUCUUUCUUUUCUUUUCUGUCCUGCUUUUCUUGUCAUUUAUUUUUGCCUUUCCCUCUCCUGCCUUUUGUAUUGUCAUUUCUUUCUUAUCCUUCCUCUCUAUUACGUCCCUUUUACUCUUUCAUUCUCUUACUUCCCAUAUUCCCUCGGCAUUACUUUCCUUCUCCCUUUCUGAUUUGAAACUCUUCUCUCCUACAUCUUCUUGUUCCCCUCUUUUUAGGCCUGCUUAUCACCCAAUUCUCUGCUGGGUUAAAUUUUCUAGUUUUCUACUCCUUUUUAAAUCGAAUUACACGUCGUCUUCUCCUCUUCUCCUCAUCCAAAGUAAAUUUCUUUUUCUUAAGCUAAGUGUCUCUUCUUUAUUUCUCUUAGAUUUAUUUAAAUCACUUUUUUUCACGACGUUCUGCUUCCAUGUUUCACUCAAAUUAUUUUUUUCCUAUUUUUCUUAUAUUAUAAUCCUGCUACUGCUUUUACUCUCAUAUUUAUGCACCAAAACAUCCAUAAAUAUGCAGUUUCUCUCUCUCUUUCGUCUCUGCCAUUCUCUUCAUCUGUCCCCUUCUGUCUCUGUCAUUCUCUCUCUACUCUUUAAUUGGCAUUCGCUCUCUCUCACACACACUCUCUCCUCUUUCGUCUCUGUCAUUUUCUCUCUCUCUCUCUCUCUCUCUCUCUCUCUCCCAUCAUUUAUCCGUCUCUUCUCUUUCAGCUGUCAUUAUCUAUCUCUUUUCCCUUUAAUAUCUGUCAUUCGCUCUCUCUUAUAUCUGCCAUUCUCUCUAUCUAUCUGUAUUCUUCUCUGUCAUUCUAUCUUUCUCCUGUCUCGUCUUUGUCAUUAUCUCUUUCUCUCUUUUCCCUUUAAUCUCUGCCAUUCACCAUCUCACGUUUCUGUUAGGCUCUCUCUGUCUCUCUGCUCCUUUCUCUCUCUCACUCUAUCUAUCUAUCUAUCUAUCUAUCUAUCUAUCUAUCUAUCUAUCUAUCUAUCUAUCUAUCUAUCUAUCCUCUUUGUCAUUCAGUAUCUCUCUCUCCUCUUUUAUUGUGACAUUUUCUUCGUCUCCUUUCAUCUAUGUCAUUAUCUCUCUCUUUUCUCUCUAAUCUGUCAUUCGCUCUCUCUCUCUCUCUCGUGUCUGAAGUCUCUAUCUAUCUCUCGUCUUUUCUGUAAUUCACACUCUCUCCUCUUUCUUCUCCUUCAUUCUCUCUCUCUUCUUUCAUAUAUGUCAUUUUCUCUCUCUUUCUCUCUCUCUUUUUUAUUUUUAAUCUCUAUCAUUCGCUCUCUAUCUUUCCUCUUUGUCACUCAGUCUCUGUCUCUCUUCUUUCGUCUCUCAAUAUCAUUAUCUCUCACUCCCCAUUUGUCGCUGUCAUUCUAUAACUCGCUCCUCUUUUUUCUUGCAAAUUCUUUCUCUCCCCACUUUAAUUUCUGCCAUUCCCUCUCCCUCUGCUAUUUCCUUUCUGCUAUUACCACUCUCUUCCCUCUCACAUUCUCUCUCCUCUUUUUCUUAUACCUAACUCUCUCUGUCAUUCUCUCUUCUUUUACAUUUCUUUCCCCUCUCUCUUUUUUAUCACUCAUUCUCUGUUUUUUUUACCCUAUUUUUCUAUACACUUCCCUUUAUAUCUCUCUAUUUACUCUUCUCUGUAGCACGCUCUCUCUCUCUCUCUCACUCUCACUCUCACUCUCACUCAUUCACACUCUCUCUCUCUCUCUUUUAUUCUCUCUGUCUCAGCGUCUGGUUUUGUUCUUCCGACCCAUUCCUAUUUAUUUCAUACCUUUCUCUGUCAUUCUCUUCAUCCAUUCUUUUUCAUCUCUGUCUCUGUCUCUCUCUCUCUCUCUCUCUCUCUCUCUCGUCUUUCUUCUCUGUCAUUAG